AUGAGCUUUAGUGAGAGUAUACCCCUAGAUACAUGCAAUGAAGAAAUACAAAAAGACGAUGAUGCAAUAGGUCUACUAUCGGAGAGCGGAGGGGAAGACAAAAAUGAGGAAUCUGAUUGGGUGAAGCAACAUGACCGAAGUAGAGGAGAGGGGGGGAACCCCAGGAAGAAGGAAAAAGAUUGCAACAAAAAGAACGCAGACGGUAUUGACUCUAAACUCGGAUUUGACAUAAAAAAUGUGUUGACACAUGCGUACCUCCCCGUGUGCAUAGAAAAAAUGAAAGAAGGAGAGUAUGUGUACAAAUGGAAUAGUAAUAAUAUUUUUCAAAAGAAGACAUUGAAAUUCUUUUACCUAGAUGUAAACAAUUAUUGCAUACGAUGGAAUUCGAAAAAAAAAAAAAAAAAAGUAAAAGAAAAUAAAAAUCCAACUUUAUAUAUAUGGGAUAUCAUAAAAAUAUUGGACGGAUCAGAAUCUUCCUUUUUUAAAAAAAAAGAAGAAGAAAAAAAUUUGUCCAUUGAAAUUAUUAGUGCCCAAAGGAAUUUGAGAAUUACUUUCCUCGACAUACAGAGAUGGAAGAUGUGGCUCUUUGGCUUGAUGUAUUAUCAGUACAAAUUUAUUAACAAAGGAUCCGGAAAAAAGAGAAUGAAGUCUUUCAUAUGUGAAGGGAAUAAAUUGUAUGAUAAUUACAUCAUAUCUGGUCUAAAGGAUAUUAAUGCUUUGACCCUCUCUCAGCUGUACAUUAUUCUGAGGAGCCUGAACAUUUAUUUGAACAUGAAAAUUUUGUAUCAUUACUUUUCAAUAUAUAAAAAUAAAGGUACUGUUAACUACGUAGGUUUUACCAAAAUUCUGGAGCACAUUUUUUCAAAUAAACAUAUUACCACAUAUUUUGAUGUGUAUAAGGGGAAAAAUUCCAGCUGUAUAGACAACAGGAACUUUAUCGAAUUUUUGAUUGAUGUGCAAUGUGAGGGGAAAUGUGAAGAGAGGAUUUUCACUGGGCGUGAAGUGGACCGCGAAUUCUCUAUCCACAAGGGGGCGUGCGGAAAGAAGGAACUACAGGCGUUGCCAUCGGGCCCUGUUAUUUCCACCUCGGUUGGCCAAAUGAAGGGAAGAGGAGAUACCGAUGAAGGAGUACGCCUUGCAAUGGAUCCUACCCUAAGGGGUGGUACAAAAAAUGCAGAAAAUAAAUCUAAGGGAAUCCAUCAGAUGAAGGAAGAAAAAUGUGAAUAUAACCCCAACGGUGAAGCCAAUUCCGUUGGUAAUCACAAACCAAGGGGAGACCUCGUCUCGAAUAAUUCUGUGAGGAACAAUUUUAGCAACUACCAAUGUGGUGGCACGAUUAUAAAGAAUAUGAAUAAGGAGGGGGUUAAUCAAAAUGAGUUCCACUUGGGUGUGGACACUUUACCAAAUGCAUUUCUCCUGCCGGACAAGUGGAUACGUCAAGAUGAAGACUACAUCACGGUGUUAAAUAUACUGAGAGAAAAGCUAGGUUUGGGUUCCGUAAAGGGAGAGAAAGGCGUAAAUCGGGAUGCUUUCGCAACCGGCGUGGGCUACCACAGCGAUACCCUCAAUGGGAAUAAAAGGUGGGACAGUACAAACAAUAGGCGCGGCUAUCGCAGCAAUCACAGUGGUCACAACAGUGACAGCGCUGAAAACGUCAAAAGGGGUAUUUCCUAUGGUGGAAAAUGCACCUCCCCAGAGGAGCACGAACGUAAUGCACAAAACGAAUCCUACUACAUUAGAGCCAAAGCAAUAUAUAAACUGUUAAACACGAUAAAGAAAUACAACAUCCCAUUUGUUAUGAUUAAUGAAGAUAAACAUUAUUUAACACAGAUCGGGUUGGUAUAUUUCCUGUUGUCAAAAGAAAAUAGUAUAAUGUGCCCAGAGUACUCCAAGGUUUAUCAAAAUAUGAAUUUACCACUAUGUAACUACUGGAUUAAUAGCAGUCACAACACAUACCUUGGCAGAAAGCAAAUCUUUAGCUCAAGCAAUAUCGAACAAUAUAUUUAUAUUCUGAUAGAUGGAUGUAGAUGUGUCGAAUUCGAUUGUUAUUAUUUUAACAAAAACAUCGUUGUUUAUCAUGGCUUCUAUGGAUAUAAAUUAACAUCUUCUAUCCUCUUCUGUGACACCCUCAUUGCAUGCAAGCUGUUCGGAUUUACAACCUCCCCCUUCCCCAUCAUCUUGUCGUUAGAAAUUCACUGCAAAAAUAAGCACAAAAAUUUAAUUGCUAAAAUAUUAAUAUGUAUUUUAGGUAAUCAGUUGUAUAUUCCAAAAAGUAGAGACGAAAUUAAUAACAUAACUCCACAUAACUGUAAAAACCGAUUUUUAGUAAAAUAUAAACAUUUUGAAAAUAAUGAUAAUUCGGGCUUCUACUUCAUCUUUGAGGGUCUACAGAGCGUCAUGUACGAUGAGCUCGGAUACAUUUCCGACAUCGUUGGCGAAGAGGAUGAGGAUACAGAGGAAGAGGAUGGUCAUAUGGGGGGCGUACACAACAACGUUCUCCGUGAUGGGAGCGCUGAAAGUGGUGAGAGUGACAAUAGUGAUGAAAAUCAUGUUUACAGAAACGACGAUGAUGAUGUGCAGAGAAACCAUAAGCACAGCUAUCGCAAAAGCCCAAAUCACCGUGAUGAUGAUGAUGACAUUGAGAAAAAAUUCGACUCGUACAUAAAAAACAGCAUUCAGAAGGGGUACAUCCACGAACGGAAAAAGCGAAACAUGUACAUGAGCAGUUUGUGCCAUGAUCCUGAUGCUGUGGAGGAGGAUCAGCGAGAUCAUUCGCCACGACGUGAUGUGAACCAUCAAGUGGUAAAGGGCACGAAGCUUUGGAGGAACAAAAAGGGAAAAGAUCAGAGUAGGUGGUCCACUCGGUUGGAAGAUGAUAAUAACCUAGGUAAUGCCCAUAUAAAUGGUACCCCUGAAGAAGGUGAUGAAAAUGCUGAUGGUGGUAUGGCCCCUUUGGCUAGCCAGAAAAUGGGAAAUAAAACGCACGGAGAUAGCGAAAAGAAAAUUGAAAAUCAAAACGCAAGAAAUAAUAACAUACUAAAUGAAUACUCCUGCUUGAAGGGAUACGCGUUUCAGAAUUUUUGCGAAAAUAGAACAUACAACGAAAUAUGUUCCAUUAGUGAAAAUAAGUUUAUCAAGUUGAUUAAGAAGAAUGAAGAUGAGAUAAUAAAAUAUAACCAGAAAACCUUGACGAGAGUGUACCCGUCUGGGACAAGACUGGCAUCCACAAAUUUUAAUCCACUGAUUUUCUGGAGCGCAGGAAUCCAAUUUGUGGCGUUAAAUUAUCAGUACAAUGGGCUUAGCAUGCUUCUGAACAAAGGAAGGUUUCUAGAAAAUGGAGGAAAGCACUCAGGGUACAUCCUAAAGCCAGAAAUUUUACGGUUUAAUGAAAAAAAGGAUUAUAGUAUUUUGCACCUCGAUCUGCAGAUACUGUCUUUGCACCAGAUAAACUUAUUAUUUUCCAUUAAAAAUAAAUACCAAGAGAAGAAAUUAAAGAAAAAAUUAUUCAAAAUGGAUAUGAUACAACAUAUUCAGACACACAAAAAAAUUAACAAAAAAACGAAAAAUUUUAAGCAUGUACAAAAAUUAGAGAAGGAAAAAAAAAAUUUCUUUUUCUCAGAUGUACAAUCUGAUGACAAUAAAAAAAUAAAAAAUAUAAGUCACGAAUUUCUCAUGAAAAAAUUUAACGAUAAUGAUAAUGACGUUAAUUAUAUUCAUAGUAAAUGUUCCAAUGUGGAGGAGAAAUAUGAGGAUAUGUUAUCAGAAUAUAAAUCCUUCCUAUUAUGUUCUUCCCUCUCGCACAGCAGUAGCUUUAACAGUUGUAGCAGCCAUACUACUGCAUCCAAUAAUGGUAAUACAGAUUCGACUAAGAAUACUUCAUCCAAAUCCAAAAAUAGGAGUUUUUAUCAAACUUUUGAGGAGUUGAAGAAGGCAAACAAUUUAUUUUUCUACUUGUAUGUCACUAUAUCCGUGCACGGCUACAAUGAAAACAAGUACUACUUCAAGACGGAGAUCGCCAAGGUUAACUUUUACGACCUCAACUAUUGUUGGUCAAAGCCAUCAAUGUUCCAAAUGAAAAUAAUGUACCCUUCACUGGCCCUCAUUGUGUUUGAGCUGAAAACUUAUGACACCGUAAAAAGCGAGCUCAUUGCUUGCGCCUGCUUCCCAGUUAAAUGCCUCCGAGAAGGCAUCCGAUUUGUUCCUUUGUGCGACAAGUAUUUGAAGGACAUAAAAGGAUCGGGCAUUUUGGUUAAUCUAAAAAUUGGCACAAACAACAGCUGA